CGGAAUUAUCAGUCAACGAAUCCAAGCUCUCCCAUCGAGAUCAACCAGGAUGCAGUUAACCAUUAUCUUUGCCUUCGCCUUCUGCGCAAUCGGCGCUGUUUGGGCUCAUCCGAUGCCCGUGGAGCUGAUCCUGCCGAAAACUCCGGAGCCACACUAUCCUCUCAACCUGGAGGGAGGAGGAGGUGGCCAGAGGGGCGAUGGAUUAGGCUUUAAAGUUAGGGGACAUGAGAACGUUUGGACCAGCGAUAACAAGCGGCACGAGGUCGAUGUGAGAGGAGAAUAUGGACAGCAUUUGGGUGGACGUUAUGGAACCACUGAACCACGAUGGGAAGUCGGAGGCACCUACCGCUACAGAUUCCCCAACUUUUAAGAUCCAAAAAUACUUUGUUUUUUGCGAAAUAUGUUAUCCGAUAUAUUCAUUUUGAUAUAUCACCAAAAUUUGUGUUCUUGAAUGUCAUCAAAGUCGGCAUAUAACGCUAUGCAUUCCGGCUUAUAAAAAAACAUAUCCACUUUGUAUGUUAAACUUUUUUGCCAAAUAUAUUACCGAGUAUAACCAAA